CCGAGAGAGAGAGAGAGCUAGAGAGAGACGGAGAGAGUGUGAGUGCGAGACCCUAUUUGUGCAAAGGGAAGGACUCCUCAAAAAGAUGAUUGCCACUUCUCUCCUUGAAAAGUUGUCUUUCGCUUGAGUUUUUCCCGUACAGUUAGCUUUGUUUCCAAUCUUUGUUUAUUGUUCGUCGAUCAUCAGCACCACCAUCAUUGACAAAGACUUUCUCAUCGCAUUCCCGCAGAAAAAAUAUUCACAAGUCUCUCUCUCUCACAAGUCAGAACUGAAGAUAUAUUAUUGUAUCGAUUAUAUAUCCGUAGACUUCCCAACAUCAAUUUUUCGUCUCUGUGUUACAAUUCGUUAUGGGUAAAAAGCAGCACUUGGAUUGGACUUCGAAAUCCAUUAUGUCCUCUGGCAGUGAGAGAGUUUCUCUGUUGAGUAAAGAGGCACGGAGGAAGGCAAAUGACGAUGGCUCGGCUGAUGGUCCUCCAUCGGACCUUGAGCAUGGAGAUGCAAUACAGGCAGCAAAUGUUGGAUUUUGUAGAAUAUUUCAACUGGCGAAGCCUGAUGCAGGAAAUCUGAUUAUCGCCACUGUUGCCCUUCUGAUUGCAUCCACAACAAGUAUUCUCAUUCCAAAAUAUGGCGGAAUGAUAAUAGACAUUGUAUCAAGAGAUAUAAAGACCCCUGAAGAUCAAGCUGAAGCUUUGGAUGCUGUCAAGGGCACCGUAAUAGUUAUUCUGCUAAUUGUUGUUGUUGGUUCUAUAUGCACAGCAAUUCGGGCAUGGUUAUUUUCUUCCGCAAGUGAAAGGGUUGUUGCUCGUUUGAGGAGGGACUUGUUUAGUCACCUUAUCCAGCAAGAAAUAGCCUUCUAUGAUGUUACCCGGACAGGAGAGCUCCUGAGCAGGCUAUCAGAAGACACCCAAAUUAUAAAAAAUGCUGCAACAACCAACCUUUCUGAGGCACUCCGAAAUCUAACUACUGCACUUAUUGGUGUUGUCUUCAUGCUCUCCUCAUCAUGGAAGUUAACAUUGCUGGCCUUGGUUAUUGUGCCUGUAAUUUCAGUUGCUGUGCGUAAAUUUGGGCGCUUUCUUCGUGAACUUUCACACAAAACUCAAGCUGCUGCUGCAGUAGCUGCCUCAAUUGCCGAGGAAUCGUUUGGGGCUGUUCGAACUGUAAGAUCUUUUGCCAAAGAAGCUUAUACAAUUUCAAGUUACUCAGAGAAAGUUGAUGUGACCCUGCAGCUUGGACUUCAACAAGCCAAAAUAGUUGGUUUUUUUUUUGGAGGGCUAAAUGCAGCCUCUACUUUAUCUGUUAUCAUAGUGGUCAUUUAUGGAGCGUACUUGACAAUAAUGGGUUCCAUGACAGCAGGAUCUCUUACAUCUUUCAUUCUUUAUAGCCUCACAGUUGGGUCUUCUGUAUCCUCACUAUCUGGAUUAUAUACGACUGCAAUGAAAGCUGCUGGAGCUAGUAGGAGAGUUUUUCAGCUUCUAGAUCGUGUGUCUAGCAUGCCAAAAUCAGGAGAUAAAUGCCCUAUAGGCAAUCCAGAUGGAGAUGUUGAACUAGAUGAUGUCUGGUUUGCUUAUCCUUCUCGCCCAAGUCAUAUGGUGCUCAAGGGGAUAACUUUAAAACUGAGACCUGGGUCCAAAGUUGCACUCGUUGGUCCAAGUGGUGGUGGAAAAACCACAAUAGCAAACUUGAUUGAAAGGUUUUACGAUCCAAUCAAAGGAAAGAUUUUGCUAAAUGGGGUUUCCCUUGCGGAAAUAUCACAUGAAUAUUUACACAAAAAGAUCAGUAUAGUGAGUCAGGAGCCUGUUCUUUUCAAUUGCUCUAUUGAGGAUAACAUCGCCUAUGGAUUUGAUGGAAAACCCAGCAGUGCAGAGAUAGAAAAUGUGGCUAAAAUGGCAAAUGCACAUGAUUUUGUAGCAGCAUUUCCUGAAAAAUAUGAAACUGUUGUCGGAGAACGUGGGUUGAGGCUGUCCGGAGGUCAGAAACAAAGAAUAGCAAUUGCAAGAGCACUCUUGAUGAACCCUAGAGUUCUGCUAUUGGACGAAGCCACAAGCGCUCUUGAUGCUGAGAGUGAAUUCCUAGUCCAGGAUGCCAUGGAUUCUCUGAUGAGGGGCAGGACAGUUCUUGUUAUAGCUCACAGGCUGUCAACUGUCAAAAGUGCGGACUUGGUCGCGGUCAUAUCAGAUGGUAUGAUUGCUGAAAGUGGAUCCCACGAUGAACUUCUCAUGCAGGAUGGUAUUUACACUGCAUUGGUAAGGAGGCAGUUACAAGCAGGACCCAAAUCCGAAAUGUAACACGGCUCUAAAGCCCUAUGUUGAAGUGCAAUUCGCUGAGAAAGAAACAGAGUAAUGAUAUUGGUCGUUUUGUAAUUUGACAUUUCUUGCAUGACUUGAGUGAUCUGAGGAUAUCCUUGAACUAACAUUUUGGUCUUUGAAAUCAAGGGAGAAGACCUUUUUAAUUUACUAUUAUUUGUACCCCAUUAGGAAAGUUUCCAAUAAAUUGUUUUGAAAAUA